UACCUGAAGAUAAGGAGGACGCACUGAAGAGGGGCCAGUUCUUCCUCAACAGCCGAUUGGGUGGUCUUAUGUAGGGAGAAGGGGUCACGUGUCGUCUGGAGGUGGGUUAAAGGUCGUCUGGAGGUGUAUUUCCAAGUGGUAGGAUGGCGGGGGUGAAUGGAGACCGUAAAGGGAAGAAAGAUGACAAUGGGAUUGGCACAGCCAUUGACUUCAUGCUUUCCAAUGCCAAGCUUGUGCUGGGAGUGGGAGGAGCAGCCAUGCUCGGCAUUGCAACACUUGCUGUCAAAAGAAUGUAUGACCGUGCCAUGAGUGCUCCCUCCAGCCCCACUAAUAUGGAGCCGUCAGGGAAGAGAAGCUGGGAGGAGCCCGCCUGGAUGGGUUCGUCACCUCGGGUACUUAACCAUGACAUGAAGUCAGGAGUUAGCAGGUCUCUGCAGUCUCUGCCCACUUCCUCACAUGCUUUUGAACCAGACUGUCUGCGGAGGGCUUUGGGUCGAGCUGCUGUGGGAGGUGGCGGUGCCACUCAGUCCGACAUGCAGCGUGCCAGAAUGCGUCUGUCGCUGCAGGAACAUCUGUGGGAGUUCUACCAAAAUAAUGUCAACAUCCCUGCUGACGAGCAGGCUGUGGCAAGGAGGGCAGCGCUGGACAUCUGUGCCGAACUCCGAGUGUUCCUUCACGCCAAACUGCCUGACAUGCCGCUCAGAGAGAUGUACCUGAGUGGCAGUCUGUAUGAUGACCUGCAGGUGGUGACAGCGGACCACGCCCAGCUCAUGGUGCCUCUUAUCUUGGAGAAGAACCUGUGGUCGUCCAUCCCCGGGGAGGACACCAUCAUGAAUGUCCCAGGUUUCUGGCUCGUCCGCAGGGAGAAUUUGGAGUAUUUCCCGCGGAACAGCAGCUACUGGGACCGCUGCAUGGUCGGAGGCUACCUCUCCCCUAAAUCAGUCCUCGAGGUCUUUGACAAGCUGGUGGCUGGCUCCAUCAACUGGCCAGCUAUAGGGAGCGUCCUCGACUACAUCAUUCGUCCUGUUGUUCCCUCAGAAACACUGACCCUGGAGGUGCAGUACGAGACAGACCGGAAACUCUACGUGGACUUCCUGCCCUUGCUUGUGAUGGAGGACGCAACCUCGCUGAUCGCCAAACCACAUCGGCUCGCCGCGGAGCGCCAUGAAAACCUUUGGCGGCAGAGCUUUCGCGUGGCAGAGACGGCACGACUCAGGGCUCUGGACCAGGAGGACGGAGGCUGCCGAUGCGCCUGCCUCAAGCUGGCGAAGGCAGUGUGCAAGCUCAACCCCGCCCUUAACCGGCUCAACGCCAGCCAGCUCACCAAUGCCAUCUUGUUGCUGUGCGAAAAAGAAGGCGACUGGACCCAGGAGGCGCUGGCCGACCGCUUCCUCCAGCUGCUGCGAGCGCUAGUGGGACACCUAGAGGCCGGGAGGCUGCCGUGCGCCCUCAGCCCUAAAGUGAACUUAUUCUGUGAGCUGACUGAACAUGAAGUGGACGAGCUGGGCUACACGCUCUACUGCGCCCUCUCAGAUCCAGAGGGGCUGCUGAGGACUGCUGUGGCUCAGCCGCCACAUCCCUGACAACCUCGUAUAAGAACGUCACCGCAUAGCAACAUGGAUUUGAAAUGUGAGCCACUUUUUGUGGGAAAUGACCUCGAGCCAUAAUGAGGUUUCAAGGGGGGGAAAAAAACAACUGCAUGGAAUCAUCAGCUCUCUUGAAACAGUCUUAGAUGCCAUCAGUGAGAAAAAAAGUGAUACACACUGUAGCAGAUAUGUAAUGUUGAGAUCUCGACAUGAAAGCUGUCCUGCAAAUACUAUUUUAAUCUCAGAUGAAAGUGACCGCUCAUGGCUCUCACUAAAGCCAUUGUAUUAAUGAAGUAAAGAGUAGACAUGCUGUUAGGGCCUCAUACCUUACGAUGGAGAGACUGCACUCUGCAUUGGUCGCUCCAUCUCAGAAUAGGAAGGGAAGUCAAUGUGUAUAUCUGCAUCCUAUUCAAGCUCUUUUUAACUUGUUGGCGGGUCACUGUGGGAGUAAAUGUUGUUUACUCUGUUCUGAGAUGGGUCCAUGAGUGUAAUGCUGAUUGUGUGUAUGCCAACUCAAAAGCUAAUAAAUUGUUGAGAGUAAGAGAGACAAGCUAA